CUGCCACCGCCGCCGCCGCCGCUGCAGGAGACCUCCGCGCCGCUAGGGGGCGCCGCGGGGCCGGUGGAGGGCGUGCUGGCGGCGCUCGUGCAGGAGAUGAAGGCCACCAUGCAGCGGGACCUCAACCGGAAGAUGGUGGAGAACGUGGCCUUCCGCGCCUUCGACGCAUGGUGGGAGCGCAAGGAGGAGCAGGUGAAGCCCUUCCAGGCCGCCGCCCGGCAGCGGGACGAGGAGCGGGAGCGCCUGCGCCCCAAGGAGCCCCCGGCCCUGCUCUCCCUCGUGGACUGGGCCCGUGGGGGCGGCGCCGGCCUCCGGGGGGCACUGCGGCUGCCCUCCUUCAAGGUGAAGCGGAAGGAGCCAUCGGAGCUGGGGGAGGGGGCGGAGGAGAAGCGGCCCCGGCCCCCGACCCCCCCCGAGGAGGAUGAGGAUGGUGAGA